AUGCCGUAAAAAUCUAUGGUUAGAGAGGUGUGCAGUGCUUAUGCCUCAAAUUGUGGUUUGUUGUGGGUAGCCAAAGGAAGGAUGAUGACGGAGGUGCAAGAUGCCGGCCGGCCACCAGUACUUGUUUACGGAGAUCCGCAGCGAGAAGCAGAAGCACCCAUUACCUCGUUUGCAUGUUCUUCAUCAUCAAGAUCAAGAUCAAGAUCAUGGUUUCGUCACAUGAUCAUUUUCCUUCUUCUUGCGUCGUUCACAUUUGUAUCGGCUCAACCUGCAGUAGAUGUGGACGACGACCCCACAGAUAAAACAGAUCAUCUUCCAGAUGCAAAGAGCUCUUCCGAGGCUCUCCUCAACUUCAAAAGUUCGCUAUCUAUAUCUUCAGCUAAAGGACAGGAAGUACUUGGGUCUUGGGUUCCAUCCGUAAGUCCGUGUAAUGGGAACAUUGAGAAUUGGUCAGGAGUGAUUUGCUUUGAAGGGGACGUAUGGGGUUUGAGACUUGAGGACUUGGACUUGUCCGGGGUGAUUGAUAUAGAUUCCCUGCUUCCGUUGCAUUUCCUACGGACCCUGAGCUUUAUGAACAACAGCUUCAAGGGAGCAAUGCCUGAUUGGAAUAAACUCGGUGCGCUCAAGUCGUUGUACUUGUCCAAUAAUAGCUUUUCCGGUCAGAUCCCGGAUGAUGCUUUCAAGGGUAUGACUUAUCUCAAGAAAUUGUAUUUAGCCGACAACCAAUUCACAGGCAACAUUCCCACCUCCCUGGCUACCUCCUGCCCCAGGCUCUUCGAGUUGAGGCUAGAAAAUAAUAGAUUCAGUGGCUCUAUACCUGAUUUUCCCCAGGACGUUCUCAAACUCCUCAACGUAUCCAACAACCAACUCGAGGGACCAAUCCCUCCCUCUCUUUCUUUAAUGGAUCCAACAACAUUCUCAGGGAACAAAGGUCUGUGUGGGAAGCCAUUGGAAUCUGCAGCUUGCAACUCCCCAAGUCCAGAAGCAAAUACUCCCAACAGUCUCGACUCUACGGUCAGCGGCCAAUCUGGUGAUAUAAUUAGGAAGUCGCCCUCUCUUCUGAGUAGAGUGAUGUUGAUCGUUGCAGUUUGUUUGGUGGUCUUAUGUCUCAUGAUUGUGCUAAUUCUUAUUAUUUGCCGCCGUAGCCAUAGCAGCAGCCAAAGAAAUCCACAAGUAGGCCGGGCUGUUGAUUACUCGAAUAUUGAUGGGGAUCAAAGUGCCUUUACAUCAUCAUCGUCAGCUCCUGAUGUGAUAAUGAGCGGCAACCCGCCAACUUACCCAAGACACGAUAAUAACCAUUCAAAUAGUACUAUUAACAACAACAAGGCAUCAGAGGCACCAGCAGCAGCAGCGGUAGUAGGUAAGUUGUCAUUCGUUAGAGAUGACAGGCCACGAUUUGAUCUACAGGAUUUGCUAAGAGCAUCAGCGGAGGUGCUUGGGAGUGGGAACCUGGGGUCCUCUUAUAAGGCUCUACUUAUGGAUGGCCAGGCCGUGGUGGUGAAGAGGUUUAAGCAAAUGAACCAUGUCGCGAAAGAAGAUUUCCACGAGCACAUGAGGAGGUUAGGUAGACUAAGCCACCCCAACCUACUCCCCCUUGUGGCCUAUUAUUACAGAAAAGAAGAGAAGCUGCUUGUGUAUGACUAUGCCUCCAAUGGUAGCUUGGCCAGUCACCUUCAUGGCAAUCAAUCUAGGCUGGAGUGGUCAAGCCGCUUGAAAAUCAUAAAAGGAGUUGCAAAGGCCUUGGCCUACCUUCACAAUGAGCUGCCAAGCCUAGCACUUCCGCAUGGUCACCUCAAGUCAUCGAAUGUGCUUUUGGACAAAUGUUUUAAUCCCGUGUUGAUGGAUUACACAUUAGUGCCUCUGGUGAAUCUUGCGCAAGUACAACAUCUUCUAGUGGCUUACAAAGCGCCGGAGUACGCACAACAAGGCCGCGUCACAAGGAAGACUGAUGUUUGGAGCCUUGGGAUUCUAAUACUAGAAACCCUGACAGGCAAGUUCCCCACAAACUACCUCGCUCUCAGCACUGGCUAUGGUACCGAAUUGGCUACUUGGGUCGACUCCAUUAUUAAAGAUAAUGAGUUAGCUUUUGAUAAAGAGAUGGACAGUACAGAGGAUAGCCAAGAACAGAUCCGAAAGCUCUUCAACAUCGGAGUGGCUUGUUGUCAAGAAGAUUUGGAUACAAGGUGGGAUCUGAAGGAAGCUGUUGAAAGUAUACAAGGCUUAAAUGAGAAGAACGACGCCGACGGCAACAGCGAUCAAAUUGAUGUUGGAGUUUGACCUCGUCCAACUAUAUCAACUCCAUUCCCUAUAUAUUUAAAAAUACAUGAUGUACUCAUGGAUCCCAGUGCAUUACAUAUCAUGUUUGUACACAUUUUCAUUGUAUACUUCACUAAAUUACUGAUGCCCAAAUAAACCUGCCAAUAUAUGUGAUGUUGGGCAUAUUUCGAUAUGUGUUGAUGUUACUUUACCCAUGUUUUAAUCACUU